GGAUCGUGAGGAAUGGCGUCAUCGGGUGGAGGAAGUGGUGGUUGCGACGCCACCAAGAAAUACUUUUGCCCGCGAUUGAUCGACUAUUUGGCCAUCGUUGGAUCACGUCGCCCGGCUGGCUACUCGACUGGCUCCCGCAGUAAAGCUCCUCCUCCUUCUUCUGGCCCUAUUGGGUCAACAAAUCCAUUAAGUGGAACUGUUGUUCACGGGGGAGCUGGGCACGCCGUGACACCGGAGCUUUUACGUCGCUACCCGAUCGAUGAUCAUGCCGAUUUCCCGCUACCGCUCGAUAUGGUUUAUUUCUGCCAACCAGAAGGUUGUCUCUCAUUGGGCAAUCGACGGCCCGGAGACCAUCGGCGUGACAUUGAUUCGUUCGUCUUCACUCUGACCGAUAAGGAUUCCGGGAAAACGAGAUACGGCGUCUGCAUCAACUUCUUCCGGCCAGUCGAACGGCUUCCUUCGAACGCAUCCGUGUCAUCAAGACGCGAUUCGUGGAGGGAUUCCAUUCACCGAAGUUCCGACUCCGCCUUUUCUAGCGAUCAAAGGAGUACAAUGGCGCCAAGCGAUUCGGAUCGCGACUGCUCCAGUGCACAUCGCUAUCAUCCGGCUGAUCCAGCUUCUGGUGUUAAAUGGCCCUAUCCUUCAUCCGGAAUGACGGGUGUUAAUCAAGACUCGGAGAGCGGAGGAUCUCAACCGCCUUCGCCUAGAGCCAGUCGUAGGAAACAGCGAUCACGAAAUCAAUACUUGACUUCAAUCUGCCUCCUAUCUCACCACCCUUUCUUCACCCUGUUCCGCGAGUGCCUUGUCGUUCUCAAGAAACUUAUCGACGCAUGUCACGAAAACGCAUCCCCCAAGCGACUAGGAGCUUCUCGGCUGACUUCAAGGGAUUCGGUGUGGGGAUUGUUGACGGGCCAAACAACGGAGACGGCCUCGUCUAUAGUUCUCCAUGACGUUCGUGACAUCGAGACGUGGAUCCUUCGUCUACUCAGCGCUCCGGUGCCCAUCCCGGGCAAAACUCGAGUCGAACUCGAGAUUUUGCCACGUUCACUGCAACCUACGCCUUUGGUGUUCGCCCUGCCCGACCACACCCGUUUCCCCAUGGUCGAUUUCCCGUUGCAUCUGCCAUUAGAGUUGCUGGGCGUUGAUACUUGUCUCAAGGUGCUCUCCCUUAUCAUGCUCGAGCAUAAGGUAAUCAUGCAAUCACGCGAUUACAACGCUCUCUCCAUGUCCGUGCUGGCCUUUGUUACCAUGCUUUACCCGCUCGAGUACAUGUUUCCCGUCAUCCCGCUCCUGCCCACUUGCAUGAGCUGCGCCGAGCAGCUCCUGUUAGCUCCUACGCCUUACAUCAUCGGCAUUUCGGGAUCGUUUUUCCAGCACAAGAAACAUUUCAAAUUGCCAGACGAUGUUUGGCUCAUCGAUCUCGACUCGAAUCGCAUCAGCGUGCCGUCAAGGGCCGAUGAAGUGCCAUCGUUACCUGAGCCGGAAUGUAGCAUACUACGCAAUCACCUACGUCAGGCGUUGGCCAGCAUGAGUGGAGAGGUGGUCCUUCCUAGGGCAGAUCAUCCACAUCCACAUCAACAACAGCAACAGCAACAGCAGCAGCGUGGAAGUCACGAUUUCUCAUCCGAGAUGGGUCAUGGACAUUUCAGUCCAUUCAUUUAUGGCAACGAUGUCGAUUCGGUGGAUAUUGCCACUAGAGUGGCAAUGGUCCGUUUCUUCAACUCGCAGAAUUUGCUGGCCAAUUUCGCCGAACACACUAGGACACUUAGGCUGUAUCCACGACCCGUUGUGGCUUUCCAGAUCAACAGUUUUCUCAGGUCGAGACCCAGAGCUGGACCGUAUCUCCACAAAUUUGCUAGGACUCAAGCCGUUGAAUUCCUGGCGGAGUGGAGUCUGUCGCCGACCAACGUGGCCUUUCUACGUGUCCAGACGGGCGUUUUCGAUCCGGCCAUUAUCGGAGACAAACACAAAUGGUUCAGCGAUCGAUACGAGCCACUACAAUUCGCCGUUUGGGACGAGGCCAGCUCAAUGGACAGCGCUCUUCGCUCUCUAGGCAAACACGAUCAAAUUCAAACCGAUGAGAGCGGCUCAGAUUCAGAAGGCGGGGGUAGUUCCAGUUCGUCCUACUCUUCACUGAGCGAUCUGGUAUCCGAGCAACGAACGCCGGAUGCGUCACCUGGUCCUGGACUUCAAGCGGUUCCGAUGACGUUGUCUAGUGGACUCGAUCUCAAAUCGAUUUACCGACCCCCAUCAACCCUUCAACUCCCAGGUGGAGGAUCUGGGCUAGAAAUGAACGAAUCCGCUUUCUCCCAACCAGAGUCAAUGUCUUCAUCUUCGUCACAAAGUUCCAUCGGAUCAUCUCACGGCAUUCAAACGGAAUUGGCGGCCGAAAGUGACAUCAUCAUCACUAAACCCCGCAACAUUUCAGAGGAUAAGACCGAUGACGUGUUCAACGCCUCUGAUUCGGAGACUGUGGUGCCCAGCAUCAGCCAGGAUUCGCCUACCCAAAGGAAUGUAUCGAUUGAUAGCGCUCCACCAUUGGAGAAUGAAGUUGCCCAUGCAAAAAUAGUAACUAGGCCGUCUAGUAUAAGUGUGAUGACUGAUCGUUCGAUGAGUACGGGAUCCAGCGGCUCCAACAAUUCGGCCCAUCGACAGAGUAGUCAAACUUCAUUAUUUGAACAGUUGGCGACUCAAGCCAAAGAUUUAGUUCGGGAGAGCACUAGACAAAGCAGCCAGGAAAAACUAUUGGCUCAAAUGGACAAAUUCCGAAUCCAAGCCAAAGAGAAAAUCUCAGAUGCUGCCAGACAAACUAGCGAAGAUGGUUUCUUCAAUCCAUCCACCUUGGAGCAGUUUACCGCUGGAGCUAGACGGGCUGCGGAGGAAGCUAGUCGAAGUGUUCAAGAAGCAUCACGAACUCUAAAAGAAGCUUCGGAAGACAUUACGGCCGUUAGUAAAAAUACCAUCGGAGAUUUCACCAAGAGCGCUAAACACGCUGCUGCCAAAGGCGGAUUGCUCAAGGCACUGGGCAGUUCUCGGGAGUCGUCUAGCAAUCUUCCAGUCGGAUUACGUUCAUUGGGUUCGUUAGGUUCGCUUGGAUCACGAAGUUCCGUCACGCUCGCCGAGCCUCCACUGGCCCAGCAGCAGCAGGAGAUCCAGCAGCAACAGUCGCAAUCAGCCAUGAGCCACUCGAGUCACCAGGGAAAACUCGUUCGCAGUGAUAGUGUCAGCAGUCAGCGGGAUGGUUUAUCGGGCGGACGUGAUUUCCUUUCCAGCGUCAGUAGCGAACUGAAUGGAUUAGCAGCUCAAACGACGAGCAUGUUCAGCGGAUUGUUUGGCUCAAAAGGUUCCAAAAUGGGACAGCCUAAUUCGCCACAGCCUUUCCGUCUACACCCGAAUGCAGAAUCUGCUCAACGAGCAAAAGAACGACAGCCACCGUUCGGUCCAUUCCCUAGAACUAGUAGACGCGGUUUAGUAGAAAAAUCAUCUUUGAUUCGACAUACUUCUUCAGCCAAAACCAAACGACCUGACAAUUCCCAGCCAUCGCAGAUUAGUGAUCGAUCAGCCAAUGCUAUCGAUAGUCAGACACUUCUCAAAGAUGCGGUCAAUCAAGUGAUAGAGGGCGAAGGUGUCGGAUGGUUAAAGUUGAAUCGCAUCCGCAAAUUGAUGGAAGAUGAAAACUAUCGAAACCUUGUGGUUAGUCGACUUAAUAAGACGUUAGAUCAAAAGAUUGGUCCCGAUGAACACAUCGACGAUGUGUGCGUUUCUCGGGCGGUGUGGAAGGGAAUGUUGAAAAUGUUGAUAGCCGUCACUGCAGGCCUGGAACAAACUUACAUCAAUCACGGCUCAGGUGGAAUGGCUUCAUCUUUCCAGCUGCUGGAAAUCGCUCACACCCAUUACUGGACGAAAGAUAUCAGUGAUGGCAAGUUUUCGGAUUUUGCAUCGACUAGCCUCAGCACAGCUCAGCCUUCACUGCGUGGGAGUCCGAUGGGCAGUCGGGAGAAUUUACCUUCACCUCACAGUCCACGUACGAGUGUUUUGGCAACCGAAUCGGACAGAAGUUACAGCAAUUCGCCGGAAUUGGCUGGAACGCCAGUUCCAUCUCGAAUGUCACGAAGCGAUGCUUCUAGUCCUGAACCGGGUAAUCCCGACAUUCUACGCGAGUUAUUGGAACGCAAACGCAAUCUCAUGAUGUUGUCUCUACAAGGAGAAUCCCAAGCUAGCGCGAUAAGUGGUGACGGUCAAGGAUCGUGCAGCGCUUCAGAAGCGGGCAGCAUUAUUACGAAUCCAGCUUUCUAUCGUCAGAAACUAUCACAUCAAUCCUUUCGGAGCACCAUGUCAGAUGGAGAACCGGAUCAGCAACAGGUUGCCCGGGGCUUCGUUCGGCAGAAUGCAGCCGGUUGGUCAUCAAAGUCUUCGAUAACGACCGGUUUUCGCUAUCACGCUGGUAACAUGGUCACCACGGCUGGAACUCCUAGUCCGGAAUCUGUGAGGAUGUACAUUUUCGAGGGUCUUCUCGGGAAGGACCGAUCCAGUCUGUGGGAUCAGAGUCAAUUUUGGGAGGAUGCUUUCCUUGAUGCAGUCUCGCAAGAAAGAGAUCUUGUGGGCAUGGAUCAAGGACCCGGAGAAAUGAUGGAAAGGUAUAAGUCACUGAGUGAAACGGAAAGAAAAAGACUGGAACACGAAGAGGAUAGACUGCUUUCAACAUUGCUGUACAAUUUAGUGGCUUUCAUGGUCAUGGUAGACGUGGACAAAACGGAAUUGAAACGCAAAGUCCGGCGAUUGCUAGGCAAAUCUCACAUAGGAUUGGCUUAUAGUCACGAAGUUCACCAGCUUUUAGAUCAAGUCGAACAUUUGAGAGGCAACGAUAUUGAUUUGAAGCCAUUCGCUUCACGUCAAAUGCACAGGCACAGUUUUACCGUUCAAGUGGGAACUGAUGCUUCCGGUGAUUUGCGAUUCCUGGAAGUUCGUGACGACGGCCUGAUCCUGCGUGCUGUUAGCGGUGCCAUCAUGGAGCGCUGGUGGUUUGAACGCAUCGUCAACAUGACCUACAGUCCCAAAACGAAAAUCCUCUGCCUUUGGCGACGAAAUGGCGGCCAAACGCAACUUCACAAAUACUACACCAAAAAGUGCAAGGCCUUGUAUUACUGCAUCAAAGAAGCGAUGGAAAGAGCUGCAGCUCGAGGUGCUGGGGCACUGCCCGGCAUGGAACUCGGAGGUGAAUUUCCCAUCCAGGAUUUGCGGACAGGUGAAGGUGGUCUCCUUCAGGUGUGCAUCGAAGGUGUUGGUCUGCUCUUCGCCAACAGUAAAGAUUUUGAGUUUUUCGUCCGGCUGGAUUACAUCCGCAAAUGCUUCACCCAAAAAGGCGGAAUCUUCGUUCUGGAAGAAUACAAUCCAAAAACGAGACAAAUACUUCAACGCCGAUAUCAGUCAGCUAUGGCGGAUCAGAUUUGUUACGCUGUUCUCUGCGUGUUUUCUUACGUGGCCGCCGGAAGCGAACAGCGAAAAAAGGUUGAGCCGACUUGAAAGCUCAUCAUCAAUCGACCAAGCAACACACACCAGUGAAUUCGGACAUCACUUGAUUCGCUUGUUACCUUUUAGUUGUUGUACUUAAAUGAUUACUCGUUCGUUUUGUCGUACGAGGCGUCGCAAUAAUAAUUAUCUAGUCAUGGUACGGUUCAUCAAGAAAUUUGAACCAACAGCAGUUGGCAAAUUUGCGUUCGAACAUUCACUGUUAGUAUUUGUAAUUAAUGAAUAUAAAAUUGUUUUACCCUAUUGAUCAUAUCAUUUGAGCGAUUGUGACUUACGUGUAGCUAUCGUGACGUGCUUAUCAUUGUUUUUGGGCAAGCCAAACGCUAUAGCUUUCAAACUCCGAUUUAGAAGAAAAUAUUUAAACGAAUGAAUAAUAAUAAACAAAAAUUCACUCAUUGAA